AUGAUGGGAAUUCUCGCUCAGGCGGACGCCCCACCCGCUGUCAGAGCAGCCGCUGCUGCUGCUGAAGCGCACAUGCACAGGGGCGCUGGGGGAGGGAGACGAGGACAUGGGGGAGGGGGGGAGGAUUGGGUGGGGGGCAGGGGGGGCGGGGAAGGAGGAGGGGGGGAGGGGGAGGAAGGGGAGGAAGGGGCGGAGGAGAUGAGUUUGGACGAUUUGGUGGCCGGGCUGGCGGAGGAGCUGGAGAGAGAGAUGGGGGGCGGUGGGGGGCAUGUGGGGGGGCAUGAGAAUCAUGGGGGGAAGCAGGGGGGUGCUGGCAGUGGGGGAGGAGAGUGGAGUGGGGAAGAAUGGGGAAAUGGGGGAGGUGGAAUGGCGGAUGAGAUGGAGAGAGGGACGGGGGAUGCGAUGCAGGCAGUGGGGGAGGAGGAGGAGAUGAGUCUGGAUGAUCUGGUAGCAGGGCUGGCGGAGGGACUGGAGAGAGGGAUGGGGGGCGGUGGGAUGGUGCGGGAUGGGGUGGUGGCGUGGGAAGGGGCGGCGGCUGAGGCUUGGCACAAGGGGGUCUGUGGUUGGGUAGGGCAAGGUGGGUGGGUGGGUGGGGGCGGUGGGGCAGUUGGAGCGGUGGGGAUGAAGAAGGCGAAAAUAGUGUAG